CACAAAAUAGAAAGUCAUUACAGAUUUUGAGAUUCUUUGUUAAAACUGUUCGUAGGAAUUGGAAUAUUCGAAUUUUGAUUUUCAAUCUGAAUUUGGUUUUAGUCUUUUCGUUUGAUUUUGUUGGAUAUGGCUAUGAGCAUCACGCAUCAGAUUGGCGCGCUCGCUGGGAGUUCGGUGGUUUCAGAAAAGAGUAGCAAUUCCGCCGGUGAAGCGACGGCAGCGAUGAAUACGACGGUGAUGAGGAAGUCGCCGGCGUCGGCUCUAAGAUGUAUGGUGCAGAGGACGGACGGAGUAGACGGGUUGUCGCCGCCGACGAGUCCGUGCAGAUCGCCUGUGCUGGGAGGGAAACGGCCGGAUUUGUCGGUGGCGUGUCAAGCGUUCGCGACGGAGGUGGAGACUCCAACAGAGGUGGAGGAGAACAAGGAAGGAGGUGAGAGACGGAAGGAGAGAGGAGUGCCGGUGUACGUGAUGAUGCCGUUGGACAGCGUGACGAUGGGGAACGCGGUGAAGCGGAGGAAGGCGAUGAACGCGAGUUUACAAGCGCUGAAGAACGCUGGAGUUGAGGGGAUUAUGAUGGACGUGUGGUGGGGAUUGGUAGAGAGGGACUCGCCUGGCUCGUACAACUGGGGAGGCUACGCGGAGCUUUUGGAAAUGGCCAAAAAGCACGGUCUCAAGGUUCAAGCCGUCAUGUCCUUCCAUCAAUGUGGAGGAAACGUCGGCGACUCUGUCACUAUUCCUUUGCCUAAAUGGGCGGUGGAAGAAGUUCAGAAAGAUCCAGAUCUGGCGUAUACUGAUCAAUGGGGGAGGAGGAAUUAUGAGUACUUAUCAUUGGGAUGCGACAACCUUCCUGUUCUUAAAGGCCGAACUCCGAUCCAGUGCUAUGCAGAUUUCAUGCGGGCUUUCAAAGACAAUUUCCAGCACCUUCUUGGUGACACCAUUGUGGAAAUCCAAGUGGGGAUGGGCCCUGCUGGUGAGCUUCGUUAUCCAUCCUACCCCGAGCAAGACGGGACAUGGAGAUUUCCAGGGAUUGGAGCUUUCCAAUGCUUUGACAAGUACAUGCUGAGUAGUCUAAAAGCUGCUGCUGAAGCUUCUGGUAAACCAGAAUGGGGAAGCACAGGCCCAACAGACGCCGGAAGCUACAACAACUGGCCAGAAGACACCCUAUUUUUCCGAAAAGAAGGCGGUGGCUGGAACUCGACUUAUGGCGAAUUCUUCCUCUCAUGGUACUCCCAAAUGCUGUUAGACCAUGGCGAUAGAAUCCUCACAGCAGCCACCUCGACCUUUAAUAACACCGGCGUCAAGAUAUCGGUGAAGAUCGCUGGAAUCCAUUGGCAUUACGGCCAUCGCUCGCACGCCCCAGAGCUCACAGCAGGCUACUAUAACACACGCAACCGUGAUGGCUAUCUCCCAAUUGCUCAAAUGCUAGCCCGCCAUGGCGCCAUCUUCAACUUCACCUGCAUUGAAAUGCGCAACCAUGAGCAGCCACAAGAUGCGCUCUGUGCCCCUGAGAAGCUUGUCCGGCAGGUAGCUCUAGCCACCCACAAAGCCCAAGUCCCUCUGGCAGGCGAAAAUGCUCUCCCACGCUAUGAUGAAUUCGCCCAUGAACAAAUCCUGAAAGCUUCCUCUUUCAUUGGCGAUGGAGAUUCAGAGGAGACUGCGAUGUGUGCUUUCACGUACCUGAGAAUGAAUCCUCAGCUGUUUGAGGCUGAUAAUUGGAGGAGAUUUGUGGCGUUUGUGAAGAAGAUGAAGGAAGGGAAGAACCCAGAUAAGUGUAGGGAGCAAAUAGAGAGGGAAGCUGAGCAUUUUGUUCAUAUCACUCAACCUCUGGUUCAAGAGGCUGCUGUUGCUCUGAUGCAUUGAAAAAGGUUGGUUAUAUUAUACUGUUGUUGUUGUAUACUCUCCAUAGUCGAUGAAUAAAUGGCUGUCUGGUGUUCUUCUGUGUUCUUCCUCUGCUCUGUGUUUUCUGUAGCUCUCUGGUUUUUAAUGUGAUGUAGCUAUGGAAGAUUCGAAAUCUGUGUAAUUUCUAUCCCCUUCUCAUAUGGGAAAUUAAUGUGAUGUAGCUCAUUUGGGUCGAAUUGUGACAUCA